UUCAUUCGUGUAGUGGCCGUUCAGAAGAGAGAAUCGUUUGUGCUCGUCGUGUAUCUUGAGUUCGAUUCCUAACUUUAUAAAUCUAGUUCAAAACUUAAAACCCAUCAUUCGUCAAUACUAACAACACGGCUUAUUGGCAUAGAUUUAUGUGUGAAAUAAAUAAUAGGUGUGGUUAUCAGAAAACCGCGUUCGAAAAAGUGUUUCGUAAAUGUCGCUGAGAUGUGAAGGAAGUUUUCACAACCCACUGAAACCAAAUUCCGGAAUCAGCGCUGCAAGUGUUAAUAAUUCAUGUAGUAAAAAAAUGACCGCAAGUGAGCUCACCGUAAUCAAUUGGACGAGGGAAAACGUAGUCGAAUGGGCCCGCAAGGAAUGCUUGAAUCGACGAAUUAUAGAGUGCAUAGUGAAGGAAGACAUCGACGGAAAGUGUUUGCUGACGUUGUGCGAAAAUGAUAUUAAAAGUUUGCGAGAAAAAUACGCGUAUGCCCUUACGCUGGGUGAUAUUAAGCGAUUCUGGUUUUCGGUACGUCUGAUGCAGAGGCAGAAUGUUACAACCUUGGUCUAUUUGGGUAUGCUGCCAGGAAAUGGAAGUGAUGGAUUAGUAGCACCCGUUGGACAUCAGCACGCACUGCUGUCUAGUCUCGGUACCAGCUAUGCCUCGACGGAUAUAAACUUCAGUGAUCUGGAGCGCAUUUCUCCACCAAUGUCCAUCGAUGGAAGGGCAACCUGCAUUCAGCCGGAGUUCUUCAAAACGAUGAUUAGUUUAGGUUAUGCUUUCCUAGUUACGUGGAUAACAGCCUUCGUGAUGGUGGUGGUACACGAGCGAGUGCCGGACAUGAAAAAAUACCCACCUUUGCCAGACAUUUUCCUCGAUAAUGUUCCGCAUAUUCCUUGGGCUUUCCACAUGUGCGAGGUUACCGGUACGCUGCUAUUCUGUAUCUGGGUGUGCGUGAUGAUAGUUCAUAAGCAUCGAAUGGUUUUGGUUCGCCGGUUCUUCGCCUUAGCCGGAACAGUAUUUCUAUUACGUUGCGUAACCAUGCUGAUUACGUCGCUAAGCGUGCCCGGAACGCAUCUGGAAUGCACUCCUCAUGACCACAAAUUCGACGACAGCUCCAGUGUGAAGAUCUCCGAAAUGAUCUACCUGCGCAUCAGCCGGGCUUACACCAUUUGGAGCGGUUUGGGAAUGUCGAUUCAGGGUGUGCGGACGUGCGGUGAUUACAUGUUCAGUGGUCAUACGGUGGCGUUGACGCUGCUGAAUUUCUUCAUAACUGAAUAUACUCCUCGUAAUUUAUAUUUUCUGCACACACUGACCUGGCUGCUCAAUAUGUUUGGAAUAUUUUUUAUCCUGGCCGCUCACGAGCAUUACUCCAUCGAUGUGUUUGUAGCGUUCUACAUUACUUCUAGACUGUUUCUCUACUAUCACACUUUGGCCAAUAACCAGGCGUUGAUGUCCCAUGACUCGAACCGGACACGCAUUUGGUUCCCCAUGUUCAGUUACUUCGAGAGUUCGGUAGACGGUAUUAUCCCAAAUGAAUUCGACACCGUGUACGAAGUGCUUUGCAAGUUAUUCGACUGUGUUCUACACGUUAAGGACUCGUGUAUGUUGACAGCGCAUCGUUUCUGGAUUGCCCAUGGGAAUAUCGAAGCCUUGCGGGAGAAGCAUAAACAAUUCCUCAGCAACAACUCGCAGAUGAUGUUUCCAAAUAAUCUCAGCCAAAAUGGACCCGCGGUCGUUUCGGCAGAGAAGAAACCCACCAAGUGUAACAACAUUACCGCUGACGCUAGCGCUAGCCUAAAAAGGAAAUCGUACGGCGGCGGCACUGAAAAAAUUGCCAACGACGAGGAUAACAAAACCGACGAGUCAGACAAAAAAGAUCUGUAAAGCACAAUGGUCGAGAAAAAAUGUCAAUAUGAAAAAUUCUGUUCGCUCCACAUCCAAAGUAAUUUCUGUCAGUAACUUUUAAUGGUAUAAGUAAUUGGUAAUACUACCAAAUAAGAAACUAUUCCGUUGUUUAAUUUAUUUAUAGUUAAUUUAUUAGUAGCAGUAAAAAUAUACUAUACAAUAGUUAGUAUUGCAAAGACUCAAUAAAAUUAUGGAUAUCAAUCGUUUCUUGUUUGUAGCGCUUUAGAAUAAAUGUAGUAUUUGUGAUACUUUUUGGUUAUAGCAAAGUUAAUUCGUAACUCUUCCAUUGUUCUACUAAAACAAUAUCUACCGGCAUAAUGCGGAUGACUGAUCUCCGAAAAUGUUGUUUGAUAUUAUUACUUUCAAUUUAAUAUUUGAAUUUUCUACCUUUGUACUGCUCAUAAACGCGUGAGAGGCUCUUGUAAAUGUGACUGUUGUUAUAUGGAUGGUAUUGAGAGUCAAUAGUAAAAUCCGAAACACUAGAACAAAUUAACAUUAGUAUUGUAGUCUAACGCAAACAAACAUUAAAUCUUGCUGGGAACUAUGUAAAUUUAAGAUAAUAGCCGAACUAAGUUCAAUUCUUCCUCUCCGAGCUUGUUGAUUAGAACGACAACAAUGUGUUAAGGGAACGUUUCAAAGCGAUUGAAAGUACGAUGUAGUACGUUUAUCUAGUCCCGAAACUAUGUAUUUAAAACAACUUACUGGUCCUACUAGAAUUUACUUUUCACUGGUUUUGAAAGUUUAUCCGCACUGAUUAUCAUGAUAGAGAUGUUCUUUUUUUCCAUAAACUUACAAAACGAAAACCAAAACAGAACAAAUUACAAAUUAUUCAGCGCACAUUCAGUAUAUUUCAUAAGAAACUCUUUUUAACAUUCUUUAUAGUUAAAAUUAAAUAUCUGCAACGGAUAUUGAAUACAUCGCAAUGUUAGUUACAAAAACAUAA